AUGACGAAAGACUCAGAUGGUUUGACCAAGCUUAGUAAGAAGAAGGCAGCCCAGCUAUCAAGGAUAAUCGAGUCCAGUAUUGUCAACGCAAUGAAAUAAGAAUGCUCCUAUUAUGAGACAGAAAGAGGCUCUUUCCAGAGACAAAGUCAAAGAAAUUGAGAAGCAGUCUAAAGCUAGACGGUACCAGUUCAAAGUCAGUGAGCUUGAUUCGAACAUUAAUUUGAAGAAUUAUUUGAUUGACAAAAUUGAAAAUAUGGGCUUGCAGAGUGCUAAAUCACAGGUUUCAGGAAAGAUUGAUAUGUUUCUCAACGAUGUAUUUCGGGUCCAGAACUUAAAAUAACCAAGCUAGAUAUCCACAGAAAGUGAACAAUUAUGAAGAUAAGCUCAGGCGCCUGAAUAAGGCUGGGGUGGUAAACCAUCCUUAUAAGAUACCGUACAAGAAGAUAUAUGAGAGAGGCGAGAAGAAGAAUUUGCUUAAUAGCUAUUACUCUGAUAGAGCAAAUGGCCGUAAAAUAGAGUUUUUAGAUACCAGAAUACCCACACCUAAAAUGAAAACCCGCUCAGGAGCAAGAGAGGUGAAGGAGUUGUUCAUGGACCGACAGAUUAAAAAUUACUCAUGGUUUACUAAUUUGAAGGUUAGGAUUGAAGAGAACUUAAAAAAUAAGAAGAAAGAGAAGUCAAAGAUUAGAAAAGCAGCUAAAAGUAUAAAGAAGAGACUAGGAAAUAAUAAAAUGUCAGUUAAUGGUUUAAACAAAGUCUUCAGCAAUCUCGCCCCUCGGAAAGAUGCUUAUCUCUCUGAUGCUGAUGUUUAUAACUUUAUCAAGGACAAUAAAGGAAAUAAGGACCUUGAGAGUUCUUGUAGAUCUCCUUCUCUUACUAACAAGGAGGGAAUUUUUGAUAAUGGGAAUAAUCUCAACUCGACACAUAAUUCCAGCUUUAAACAAGCAAUCAAGACUCCUCUGAACAAGAACACUAUCUUUACAAGUUUGGAUAGCAAGCAUCGCUAUAAUGUCAAUACUAGCAAGUUGGAGAAGCGAGCAAAGUCUACAGCGAAAGAAGGAAUGGUUAAUGUCACCAUAAAAGAUAAGUCUUUAAACAUCCAUGUAGAGGAGAGUAAGCUCUCUCCUCGGAAGUAUUUCUCUAAUUUCAGAGAGCCUCACUCCUCUAAAAGCAAUUUUGACUCAUCAAAAUACUCUACGAGGAAAUUAAAGGCAAGUCCUUCGCACAGUAACAGAAUUUGUGAAAGAAUUAAGCGAUCAAAAAGGGAAAUCUAUGCAGAGAACUACUCUAAGCUUAAAUCUGCCUCUCCAUGUGUUAGUAAAAUUCCUGCUUACAGGCUACUGAAGCCUAAAUGUUCUGAGCAGGAGUCCUCCAAACUUCGUUCAAAGGUACUCUCCUUUGUCUGCAAGUUGGAUGGACAGAUUCGGAAGACUCGACCUCAGAGAAGACUUUUGGCCAGGAUCCGACCAAAGAAGGUAAUGGAGUUACCUAGAGCACCGAUAGAGGUUCCUCCAAUUCCUUCUCCUGACGAUGUCCUUAACUUGGAUUUAGAGAUUAUCGGAAACAAGCACUAAUGAGCUAUCUUAGUAUUUCAACCAAAA